UUAGAAAAACAGUACUACAGUAGUGAUGAUGUAGAUCUAGUCUAGAUCUUGAUUAGAUCUAAAUAGAAUCUAGAUCUACUAAUAACAAAAUUAAUUAUAUAGAGUCUAGUCUAGAUCUAUCUACGAUUCCCUAAUUUAGAUCUAAAUCUAAGUUGGUGACUUAGAAAUCUACUUCAACAAAGAAAGUUACUAAAUCUACUUCUAGAUUAGAUCACAGUUUAACUUUUAAGUUUUUAAUUUUAGUCAGUCAGUGAGUCACAAGUCAGUGUUUAACUAAUUACAAAUGGGCAUUCAAGGUUUGCUACCAUUCCUGAAGAAAAUACACAAGCCUGUUAACAUAGCUGAAUUCCAAGGAUGCACGGUUGCCAUAGAUGCCUAUUGCUGGCUUCACAAAGGGGCAUUCUCUUGUGCUGACAAAUUAGCUCUUGGAGAAAAAACAGAGCAGUAUGUUUACUAUUGCAUGAAGUAUGUUGAGUACAUGUUGAAGAACAAUCUGAAACCCAUUCUUGUAUUUGAUGGCUGCCAUCUCAAGUCUAAAGCUGAUGUAGAGAAAACUAGAAGAGAGAGGAGAGAACUCCAUCGCAAAAAAGCGGCUCAAUUCUUAAGGGAAGGUAAAAAGGCAGAAGCUAAGGAAUGUUUACAGAGAUGUGUUGACAUAACACCACAGAUGGCACUUCAGCUUAUAAAUGCAUGUCGGGAUAGAGGUGUGGAUUGUAUUGUUGCUCCCUAUGAAGCUGAUGCUCAACUAGCAUUCUUGAACUUGAAGGGUAUUGCUCAAAUUAUAGUCACUGAAGAUUCUGAUUUGCUGCUGUUUGGAUGUGAUAAGAUUAUUUUUAAAAUGGAUUUUUUCGGUAAUGGAACCUUAAUUGAGAAAUCUCGUCUGAAUGAGGUCCUAUCAAUGCAAAGUGGUGUCUACACAUUUGAAAAAUUUCGUCAGAUGUGUAUACUGUCUGGCUGUGAUUAUCUUGCAUCUCUACCUGGUAUAGGACUUGGUAAAGCUGGAAAAGUUUUCAAAACUGCCAGACAGACUGAUCUUACUCAGCUCUUAAAGAAGCUACCAACUUACUUAAAGAUGAACUUGACAGUGCCAGAGGAUUACAUUGAAGGAUUCAUCAAAGCAGAGAAUACUUUUCUAUAUCAACUUGUAUAUGACCCCCUGAAGCGCAAACUUUGCCCACUCAACCCUUAUCCCCCAGGCAUAAAAGCUGAAGACCUUGAUUAUGCUGGACAAUAUUUGCCAGAUGAUUUGGCUUUUCAAAUAGCUAUUGGUAACAUAGACAUCCAUGAUCAUAAGAGUAUAGCUUACUUUGAUCCAGACACAUUUCAGCCCAAAAAUGCUAAAAAGCCAACAUCAUAUCAUGAGCUUAGCAUAUGGAACAAGUUGUAUAGAGUUAAAGGUGCGUCGCCGUGUAAGCCUUUACAAGAGAUGAUGCCUUCUCUCCAUGAUAAAGUGCAGACUAUAAAAGUUCAACCAUUCAAAAGAAGCCCAAGAAAAAGAAAACAAAAAGUUUCAGUGUCAGAGGCUCCAGAUUUAAAAACUGACGAAGAAUUGCUGUCUGAAUAUUGCCAUAAUGAAAAUGAGAUUCCAAGUCCCAAAAAAAGGAAAGUAAUAAGUGAAGUGGACACAUUGCCAGAGACAUCUACACAGCUAACCAGUGAGAAGAUUGAGGAGAGAAUUUCAGCACUUACUAGCACACCCAAGAAGCUUGUUUCUCCAAUUCUACACAAAGACUUUGAUGACGAUAAAGGCAGCAGUACUGAGUGUGAUGAAGAAGGAGAAUCUUUGACAGCUGCAAACAUAGGCGAGGAAGUGUUCAAGUCAAACGAUGCCAGCAUAGAAAAUGCUGCUCUCACUCCAACGAAAGGCAGGAAUGUUUUUGCUAGAAAUAAUCCAACAAGUGAACAGCCAAAAUUCAGUUUAGAUUCGUUUGCUGUUGAGGUUAAAAGCAGAUAUUUUCACAAAACUAGUCAUUCAGCAACAACUCAAGCUAAAAAAACAUCACCUUUGUUACGGACACAACAAGGGUUGAAGAAUUCCAAGUCCCCUGCUAAGAAUACCCUACAACAGAUGUUUAAGGCAUCCAUAAAACAACAGAAAGAAAGUGAAGGGGACACAACUCUGUCAGAUGAUAAACCUCAGAGUUCGCCGUCUGAUGGGGAUAACAAUUUCCUAAGUGCAAGAGACUCUUUUAAAAGUUUAAAGAAUAUUUCUACAUUUUCACAGUCUUGUAAAUCUAGUAUAGAUGCAGACAAAAAAACUACCAAGCAAGAAACAAGGGAAUCGCCAAUCUUAAAUAGGUUUCAGUCCAGCUUCUCCCAAACAAACAACAAAGGGAAACCAUCUUCUUCCAGUUCUGCUUUUAGUUGGUCACAAAGCAAAGCCAAUGCCAACUUGACCAAGUCUGGGGAAAAAGAUGUUAAGUUAGACAUAGCUUCAUCCAAUGAUAGGCUUCAUAUGAGUAAAGGCUUAAUGAAAUAUUGUAAAACAGGAACUAAUAAUACUGGUACCCCAAAGUUGUUAACACUGUCUAAAUUUUUUCAGUCUAAAUCAAAUCAAUCUGAUCCAAACUCAUUCUCUGUCAAAAGAAAUCUGCUUGAAAACCAAACACUUAUUGAAGCUGUCAAGUCUGAGAGAUUGCCUCUAGUGAGUGAUUUGAAGGAAGUUAGUUCUCAAGCCACUUUGAGUGCCUCAGAUGACGUCUUAGAACUUAAGUCACUAUCAUACGAUGAUUACUUGAAAUCUGUUGUCUCCAGGGAAACUUCUGAGAGUUGUCAUCAAGAUAGUGAAAAUAUUUGCUUUGAUUUGCUUCCAGAUGUAACAAGGAAUGAGCCACUCAACAACACAAGCUCUACAGAAGAUUUAUCAAGCCAGACAAGUUCAGUUACCAGCACGUCUGUUGGAAGUGCUUCAGAUGUUAUUGAUCUCACACAAGACGACAAGACACACAAGAAAACCCAACUCUCUGAGAAAUCAGGUUUGGCUAAAUGUAGAGUGCCUGGAUUGUCUCGUAAAAAGAAACAAGCUAAAACCACAACUAAAACAACAGCAAAAAUGGCUCAGCAAAUGUCUAUUAAAGACUUGAUGUGCAAAUUUCAAUACAGCAAAACAAGUGAAUCUCAAAGCAGUAGUAAAGAAUCAACCCUAACAUGCAAUGAUGACAUCUCUGACAAUGAGGACCUAACUCCAAACAAUACUGCAGAUCUACUGGAAGUGACAAAAGUUCAGAGAAAACUUUACCUGUAGCAAAAUUAAAUUAAAAAAAAAAUUAUUUUAUGAAAUAUUUUAAAGAUAAAUUGUGUUUCAUUGUUUUGACUUGUAACAUAAACUAUGUACUUUUUAUUUAACAUAAAUUAUGUCUCUUGUUUUAUUUCAUUAUUGAUUUUAUCUAUUGUAAUUGGUGCAGCGCACUAAAUAAAACACUAUAAAUAUA